AUGAAGGCAAACAGAAUUGUGCAUCAGCUUACGGCACCGUAUCAUCCUUUCUCAAACGGACAGGCGGAACGUCUAGAGCAGGAAGUUAAGAAAAGCUUGAAGACCAAGAAGCCAUGCCGCACAGUUAGUCACCAAAUAUCGAUUUUUCUUUUGCGGUAUCAAACUACACCAAACUGCACUACGGGCAAAACACCCGCCGAGUUACUGAUGAAGGAGCUCAGGACGAGGCUUUCAUUUCUGAGGCCGGAGUCAGGGAAGAGUCUCCGAGAGGAACAUCGAGACCAUUACGAUAUAGUAACUGAGCAAGUUUGUCAAAUGAGCCCGGGAGACACCUUCAGUGUCUUAAACCCUAUACGUGAUGGACAUGGGAAAUGGUUAUGUGAAACAAUCUUACAAAGGCUAGGGUCAGUCAACUAUCUGGUCGAUGUAUACGGACAGCCGCGAUAUGUUCAUGUUGAACAUUGGAUAACCCGAGACCCUCGGAGCAUACCCGACGAGUUCAUCGAGAGUAGACCAGAGCACGACGUGAUAUUACCAACGCCAACAUCGUCGAAUACUACAACUCAGGACCAAUCGAUAUUCGUAAGACCUGCGAAUGUGGGAACACCUGCUGAAGUCGAUAGUCAGCAAUCACACAGUGCAGCGACGACCACCCGUCCAACCGCUGGGGUACGAGUGCCAGUAGAAGAGGAAACCAUGACAACGUCACCAGAGACACUGGAAUCCCAAGAGCAAAGAUACCCACAACGUCAGAAUCGACAGAAGGCUGCGCGAUACAGGUAG